ACGAGUGAGUCCCAAAGUAGAAAAGCGCCCCCUUUCUGCCAUCAAGUUUAUUUUGGACAAAUAGAGAGUACAAAAAUCCGCCAACGCCGCCCGAAAGGACGAGAGGAGCUACGCCUAAUGUCGCGUCCUUCGAGAGGGGAUAAGACCUUUCACACAUGCGGGGAGCGCUUCAGAAAGGAUCCGAAAGCUGAAUGGAGGGCAGGCGCCGCCGAGCUGCUUAUCUGUCGCACUCGCAUUGUCCUUAUAAUUACAUGAAAGAGGGAGAGAUCGGGCAUGUGAACAGGGGAAAAUCAAAGUGACUCCGCCUUCGGAAGAGUAGCGCCGACCCUCUCAUUAGCGAUGCGGGCUCCGAUUAUUGGACAGCGGCUCUUUUGCUUUGAAGGUCUCCCUCUGAUCUCGGAUAUUUUAAGUGUUGAUGGUUGAAAGGGAUGCGUCUUAAGAAAAACACCGUAGACGCUAAGCGGGGGAACUGCGCUCUCCAGCUUUUAAGGGCGAUCCGAGUGAGGUUUUUUUUGGGGGGGGAUUUCGUGUCUUUUUCUUCUUGCUCGUCCGCCCGUCUCUCUCCCCCUCUCUCUCCCUCUCUCUCUUCCCCCAUCCCACCGAUAGAAGUCUGUUAAAGGGUUUCUUACCCACUCCCGGGCAGCUGCGACGGUGGUGACUGUCGUCUUUUCAAAAGAGGAAAAAAACGAGAGAAGGGCGGAACAGGCUUGAGGGCGAUGAGUGAGUGAAUCGAGAGAAAGCGCUUUUUGUCUUUUAGCCGGGCGGAGAAGUGAAGGACGGCCGCUGCCUUGCUUGGUUUGGACUGCGCAACGGGAAUAUUGUUAAAGACGUUUGCUUGGAUUAUAAAAAAAAACACACACGCGCACAAGCGCCCCGAGAAAGGGUCGAGUAGGUGAUAGAUUGAUAUGGUGUAGCACAAAUGCUUACUGAAUUGCCAGCAGCCGCAAGCCUUGCUCGACCCCUGAUCCGCCUUACUCCAAAUGCACGAUUCCUCCCGUGGAUGUAAAACGCAGCAGACACGCAGCCAGGCACCCGAGAGCACCAACCGCGACGGCGGCAACAACAACUCCUGCUUUCCCAAGAGCCCCGGGAUAAAAAGCUCGCAGGUCUCCUUGCUGUCACCCUCCGAUCCCUUACGACAGGCGAAGCGGCUGCCCAUCAGGCUCCUCAAGAUGCUGACCGCGCAUACGAGCCACUUGCUGCACCCGGAGUAUCUCCAGCCCCUCACUUCAGCGCCAGUAAGCAUCGAGCUGGAUGCCAAAAAGAGCCCCCUGGCCCUGCUGGCUCAGACAUGCUCGCAGAUCGGCAAGCCGGACCCACCGCCCCCCAGCAAGCUGAGCUCCAUGGCAUCCGGGGGCCUCGGCGAGAAGGACGCCUCCGGUCGUUCCUCGGGCUCCGGCCUCAAGCUCAGCGAGCACCGGCAGCCGCUGGAGGACAAGUCAAGCUUCAAGCCGUACUCCAAGGUGGGCGGAGAGUCCCGAAAGGACGGGUUGGGCAGCGGCGGUGCGGAUAAGGCCGGGUUCCGGGUCCCCAGUGGCGGUGGCACGGCCGCUUGCCCGCCGUUCCCCCCACAUGCCAUUUCUCCACGAUCCCGGUCAGUCUCGCCCUCCCAGCACCCGGCCUCCCAGCCUCGAGGUUCUGGAUCCUCACCUCCGGCGCCACAGCCGCCACCCACGCAGGUGCUGCACGUGGACCCCAAGUCGGCAGCCGCCGACUCUGCCAGCAUGGACAACGGCGGGGCCUCGAAGAAGGAUGGCGAGCCCAGCAAGCCAAGUCUGGACAGCGCCCAACUGGCCAACUCAAGCCAUGCCCGUGCCAGCGCCGACUCCAACAGCCCCGGCUCCGAGGGCAGCCCUCACCACGACGGGAAGGCGGACACAGCUCCGGUCCAGCCGGGCCUUGGCUCCGGACACGUGGCCCCAGUAUCACCGUUCAAACCAGGCCACUCUGUGUUCCCCCUACCGCCCUCCAGCAUGGGCUAUCAUGGCUCCAUCGUCAGCGCCUACACUGGCUACCCGUCCCAGCUAGUGCCGGGCUUGGACCAUACCAAGUCCAGUCUGGUCGGGGGUGGUGUGGGCAUCCCUGGGAAGCACCCCAGCUCCAGCCCACUAACAGGGGCCUCGCCCCCAUCCUUCAUGCAGGGCCUGUGCAGGGACCCAUACUGUUUGACCUACCCCAAUGCCUCUCACCUGGGGGGCAGUAACUGCUCAUCCUGCGUCCACGACCCAUCAUCCACGCUGAAGUCCAGUUUCCCGCUGGUGUAUCCCACGCACCCGCUGCACGCCCUGCACCCCAGCUCUCUAUCAUCCAGUGCCACACCCACGCUGUCCCACCCGCUCUACACCUACGGCUUCAUGCUGCCCAACGAGCCCCUCCCCCACGCCUGUAACUGGGUGUCGGCAGGGGGGCCGUGUGACAAGCGCUUCGCCAGUUCGGAGGAGCUGCUGAGUCACCUGCGCACGCACACUGCGCUCCCCGGGAUGGACAGCAAACUGCUCUCCGCCUACCCCUCCGCCUCCUCAUCCGCUGCAGCUGCAGCCGCCGCCUCCUGCCACCUGCACCUGACCCCCCAGGGCAGCCCUGGGUCCUUCUCCCUGAGAGCCCCGCCCAGCCUGGGCCUUGCCCGCUAUCACCCUUACAGCAAAGUCCACUUGCCUGCGGCCCCCUCCCUGCCCAUGCCGACGCUGCCAACCGCGGCGCCAUACUACUCCCCCUACGCUCUCUACAGCCAGAGGCUGGGCUCGGCCUCAGCGCUGGGCUACCAAUGAGCCGUGUGCAUCAGACCCGGAUUCACUUUGGGGGUGGCACCCACAUGCUGGGCAACCGGGAAUGCAAUACCAGCACCCUAUAGGGGGCACCCAGGCUCUGAUCCAACGACCACUAUAUACUGAGCUGCGGAUUCGUCACAAGGCGAUGCCACACGUCGGCCCUGCCCCCCGAUCAAACCCGUCCCCACCCUGAGCUUCCAGCGAUCGGAUUCCUAAAAACCUGUGACUCUUCCUGGGGCGCUAGUGACCCUCCAUGGAAUCCCAGUGAAGUUCGGUCAGUGGGACACUGGGAGAACUGGACAUGUACAAGCUUCACUCCUGAGCUUUUUGGGAUUAGUUUCGCCUUCGUUUUACUACUUUCACAUCACUUUCUCCCGGACUGAAAAAGUGUAUUUAUUUUUUACAGAGCGCUUGGCUUUCAAGUUGGGGGAAAUUUAUUAUCCAAAUGCAUUGUUCCUAAGUAUUCUUACUAUUCUCAUUAAAAAUAUUAUUAUGCUUAUUAUACACUUUUUAAAAUAAAGUUUUGUGGUAUGCAACUUGGCAGCAGUUUAAUGGCAGAUUCUCUAAAGAAGUUCUCUCCUUGUUUUCCAGUCUUUUUCUAGCCCCCCCCCCACCGCUGAUUUGCUGUCUCAUAUCUGGUGGGGAGGGUGUGUCACCCCCCUCCCGGGCUCUCAGAAGGCUUCUUAUUUUUUAUUUGUACAGCUGACGAGACAAACACAAGAGAUGUAAUAUUUUUUGUAUUGUAUCUGUGUGGGCUGGUCACGCAGGGGACAGAAGCCGCGCACAAAACUCAACAGGAAGAAAACCAUGAUGGCAGUGCUAUCAGUUUAAAGGGGAAGGUCUUAUUUUGUUUAAUAAAUGCGAAUUAUUAUAUUUAAA